AUGCAGUCGCAUGGUUAUAGUGCAAGUGGCCCUCCCAUUCUCAGGAGGGCUUCAUGCGGCAGCAUGGUUAAGCCCACAACAAAUUUAAUUAGUCAUGAGGGGAUGUCACGAGAUGCAUUCCGAAUGUGUUUAUUCCCUCACACUUUGAAGGAGGGUGCAAAAAUAUGGAUGAUCUCACAACCUCUUGGAAGCAUCGUAUCGUGGAAUGACAUGGUACAAAAAUUUACCAUGAAAUUCUUCCCACUGUCUCGAGUCCACCAAAUCAGAAACGAAGUGUAUCUUUUUAGACAGAAGGACCAUGAGACAUAUCUAGAAGCAUGGGACAGGUUCAAAAGUGCGUUUAGGAAAUGUCCAAAUCUCGAUGUUCCUAAACUGGCACAAAUAUAUGUAUUCUAUAAUGGACUGCGCGGUGAAUUUUGCAAUAUAGUUGAUGCUUCUGCGGGCGGAUCAAUUUUGACUAUCGAGGUGGAUGAUGCACAUAAUUUAUUUGAAAGGAUUGCUGAGAAUCAGGCCAACUGGCUAACAGAUAGGGAAGCUCCGAGAAAAGCAGCUAGAUUACAUAAUGUAGACGCAGUGACAGCAUUGGCAACGCAGAUGGAAGUAAUAACGAAGAAGCUCGACACUUUAACUCAAUCUGUACACAUGGUACAACAUCCAGCUCAUAACUAUCAGAGGCAAAAUGGAUCUUACCCGUACAACUACCAUCCGGGUUUGAACAAGUAUCCCAACUAUUUGUGGGUGGAUAAUCCAGAUCAAGCUUCCAAACAUAACAUAGAAAAUCAGGUGGGACAGAUAGCAGCUACAUUAGCCAACAGACCACAGGGUACCUUGCCGAGUGACAGGGAGAAGAACCCACGGGAGCAGGUAUUAGCAGUUGAGGUGGUAAAUUAUGUAACUAUUGAGCUCCCAUCUACCAGAUCCACGAUCCCUGUCAAAGCUUAUGUACCACCCAUUCCAUUUCCUCAAAGACUUCAACGCCAGCUAACAGCAGAGAAGGUUCAGGCCAUCACUACUAGGAGUGGUGUUCAAUUGCCAGAAAUCAUUGUAAAGAGGAAGGAGACAGAGAAAACUCAAAUGCCUACGAAGGAUAAGAAACCGAUGGAACAAUCUGAAGAAGAAAUAGAAAAGGACCAACAAACAGUUUUAGACAAUCCACAGCUUUAA